AUGAACACUGAACAAGUCUCUAUGAAUGCGGAGCAUCAAGCAGUUCCUCAGCCGCUUGCAGUGGACUACGACGCGGAAGCUGCAUCUCAGCCCGCACUUCCACCAAGAUCGAAUGACAAUGAUAAGACUGUCUAUGGCGCAGGUCCUUCCAAGUCUAACAGUCGCUGUACCUUGGUGUCUCUCAUCUUUGUCCUUUUGGCCAUGGUAGCCACUGGUGUUGUUGUCUGGUUUGUCAUGGAUUCUAAAAUCCAAAAUCAAGAAUCGAGGAUGCAAUCGGACGUUCAGUUCCAACCAUCCGACGACAGUUCUCCUUCUACGCUACCACCGAAUCCUUCACCGUCCACUGCUCCUGCCUUGGAAAUUAGCGACAUGAAGCCUCUUUCCAUGUGCAUGGGUGAUUGUGACGACGAUACCGAUUGUGGUCCUGGUUUGAUGUGCUUUCAACGAAAUCAGAACACCCCGGUUCCUGGCUGCUCUGGGGGGUUGGAAGACAAUAGCAAUUCGGAUUACUGCAUUCCAAUCAAGCUUCCUUCUUUGGCAAUCAUCACUGACACCAACAAACUUCCUCUCGGAUUAUGUGAAGGAGAUUGUGAUACAAACGACGACUGCGCCGAUGGUUUAAGCUGUCAUCAACGAUCCGAGUUUGAGUUUGUGCCCGGGUGUUCUGGAGGGUCUGACGAUGGCAGUCGAACUGACUACUGCGCUCCCAGCUCACUCGUUCCAGAAACCUACUUGAUGUCGUUGGAAGACUCGACGCUCUUUGGAAAUCCAGAUGAUAAUUUUGGAUCUUCCGUGAGUUUGUCUCAAACGGUGGUCCCUCGUCUCAUGGCGGUGGGAGCCGUGGAUCGUGGUUCGACUGGUUAUGUCAACAUUUACAUGCAAGAUGGUGCAGACGACAGCUGGGUCUUUGGUGCCACCAUUGAAGGCGACGAAAUUGGUUCUGACUUUGGUCAUUCCGUCUCCAUGUCGUGGGAUGGAAAGUAUGUUGCUGUUGGCAUGCCCGAAAGCAAAAAUGGCGGAAGAGUCAAAAUAUUCGAACUGUCAAUGACCACCACCACCACAACCAAUUCAAAUGAGAUUGGCUGGAACCAAGUCGGCAAUGAUAUUGCCGUAGGCCCUCCACAGGAAUAUGGUGGAUAUGCCGUCUCACUUUCCGAGGAUGGUAGCAUCCUUGCCGUGACGGAACGGUACUCCUUCCACACUUUCAAGAGAACCAAUUCUGGAGAGUGGGUGGUCCUCGGAUCGAGAGUGGACAUUGGAUCCUUUGGAGGUGGUUCCAUUUCACUCUCUGGCGAUGGCUCUAGAGUCGCAGUGAAUUCCCAACCAUAUGAUGUAUAUCCGCCCGAUGGAUUCGGCAACGUUUAUGAAUUCAAUGGCACCGAAUGGACUCAAGUUGGCCAGAACUUGGGUGACUUGUCGAUUUUUGACUCUUUUGGCUUGGACAAUAUCGAGUUGACUUCUACCUCCCUCUCUGGCAAUGGUGCCACUGUUGUCGUGUCCUGCAUCGAUCGAACCCUUGAAAACAGUUAUGUGCGAGUGUACCAAGAUAUUGGAGACUCCCAAUGGAUACCUGUGGGCGAACCUAUUUUAGGCAAGUUGGACGAGUUCGCUCCGGCCUCAACGGUCGAGAUCAGUAAGGAUGGUGCGGUAGUAGCUGUUGGAGACUACGAGCUGGGACGAGUGCGACUGUAUGAAUUUGACACCAGACCCAGCCAGUGGAUCCUGGUUGGUGAAGUACACGCUGUAAAUGAGGAUGACCAGUUGGGCGUCGCAUUGUCCCUGACUGGUGGAAGAGGAGAUGCGUAUUUAGCAAUUGGAAGCCCCAACAAGAAACAUAUCGUUGGUAAUCCAGGGUUCGUCACCACCUACAAGACCACUUUUGGAAUUCGGCCUGAUCCAACCCCUGCCCCGUCUAGUGCUCCAACCGAAUGGGUUGAAAAGGCAGAUGAUCCAGAUGCACCCAUCUUUGCAUAUAGUCCAGAGUACGUGUGGUCUGGUGAAAACAACCGCGAUAGCCAUGCCAUUGCUGGACUUUCAGUGGCAAUGUCUUCAGACGGGAAUGUCUUUGCGUACGGCCUCAGCAGCGACACUGUGCUCAACAGAGUCAUAGUCGAUGGUGACGAUCGGGUACUACGACCGGAGCUUUCAGGACAACAAAUCGGUGAUGAGUUUGGACAUUCCAUUGCCCUGUCGAAUGAUGGCCUCAUAAUGGCAGUUGGACUACCCAAUAGUCUCGUUGGAACAGUUGAAGGUUCUGGACGGGUCCAAGUUUAUUUGUAUGAUCCAACAGGAAAGGCUUGGUCUCAGAUGGGCGACGACAUUGUUCCAACUGUUCUUCAAGAGUAUGGAAGAUUUGGUCAUUCCGUUUCGUUGAGCGACAAUGGUGACGUUCUUGCCAUCGGUGCACCAAUGGGGAAUGGAGUCUCGAUCUUUCGAUUUGACAACAACGAGUGGGUGAAGAUGGGCGAUGAUAUCACAGUUCCGGAGACGAAAGCGGCAUGGCACGGAUGGAGCGUAUCAUUGUCAAGCGAUGGUUUGGUAGUGGCUGUGGGUGGUCCAACCAACGAAGACAAUUGGGAUGAAGCUGGUGCUUGCCGCAUCUAUGAGUUUGUCAACAACAGCAACUGGCAACUACGAGGCCAGCCAAUUCUCGGUGAGCAGCGCCAUGGCCUGUUGGGGACAUCUGUCUCUCUGUCGGGCGAUGGCAACAUUGUGGCUAUCGGUGCAAUCAAUUACGAAUUGCCUGAGGCGACCGCCAACAGAGAAGAAGACGUGUUUCACUACGGACUAAAGGCUGGCGCAGCGUUUGUUUUUGAGUAUUCCCCAGAUGGCAACUGGAACCCACGUGGGAAGCCAAUCUUUGGAGAUGCCGCAUUUGAUCGUUUUGGCAAGAGUGUUUCGCUCACGAAGGAUGGGAAGAACUUAGCAGUCGGUGCUCCAGAGCAUGGAGAGGGAGGCCAAGUUCGUGUUUUUGUUUUUGACGAAGAGCAUUUGUAUUGGGAUCAAGUAGGAGAUGUGCAGCGGUACGAUUCCUAUGAUGAUGAGGGGAAGGACGGCAGCUAUGGGACAGCUGUUGCAUUGACGGAAAGUGUAGACGGCUUGCGACUUCUGGUCGGUGCGCCGAAGACAAAAGCAAGAUAUGGCGAUAGGCUCGGUCUCCUGCCAAAGGAUGUUGGAGAAGUUUGUCUCUACCUUACAUAUGAUUAG